UGUGUUUGGAAAUGCUACUUCCGUUUACUUCUUCAGCACGUUGACGUCGGGUCGAAAUUCACGAUUAAAGGUUUUUGUUCUGUCUUGACAGUUACGUACUUGUAAUUCAUAUACACCCAUUUAGUCUGUUACCAUUUUGUACACGCGACGCUGCAUGUUGUUGUUCUUUUUAUUGCUCAGGGAUAUUUAUGGUUGUGCGUUAAAAAAAACUACGUACAACAUCUUUAAAACCCAGUUUGUUGCGCAUAUAAUAAUAUUUUGUUAUUUCACUGUCUAUUUGGUGUUCGACGUGUAAAAUUUAGGUUAGGUCCGAUUCUCACGUUUGUUGACCUGAAUCAAGAACGCAUGUUGGAUGCAUCAGUGGUCUGACAUCCAAAGACAGGCUCAGCUUGUUAGGCAAUGCAGACAGUGCUCAGACUGGCAGCAGUAGCGGUCCCUAUGGGUUUGCUGCUCUCCAGAACCAUGGCAUGGAUCUCUAGUGGCAAAACACAUAUAGAACUCAUCACCCGCUUAAGAGAUCAUGGAGUUAUCCGCAGUGACAGAGUGUUUAAUGCCAUGCUUGCCACUGAUAGAGGGAUUUAUUCCAGAGACCACCCUUAUGCUGACUCUCCCCAGUCCAUAGGAUACAAGGCUACAAUCAGUGCCCCUCAUAUGCAUGCACAUGCUCUUGAGGUCCUCAGUGACAAGUUAACAGAAGGAGCUUCAGCCUUGGAUGUGGGUUCAGGAAGUGGAUAUCUCACUGCAUGCUUUGCCAGAAUGGUAGGGCCCUCUGGAAAAGUAGUGGGAAUUGACCACAUAGAUGAGCUGGUUCAAGCCUCUGUGAAAAAUGUCCAGGCGGACGAUCCAGAAUUGCUUGCCUUUGGACGAAUUAAAUUAGUGGUGGGUGAUGGACGGUUGGGUUAUCCUGAUGAAGCCCCCUAUGAUGCCAUUCACAUUGGAGCAGCAGCUCCUACACUCCCUAAAGCUCUCCUGGAACAGUUGAAACCAGGUGGGAGACUUGUUUUGCCUGUGGGCCCAGAGGGUGAAAGCCAAGUUCUGGAACAGUAUGACCGUCAGAGCGAUGGCACUUUCCUCAGGAAAGCGCUGAUGGGUGUGGUUUACGUCCCACUGACAGACAAACACCGCCAGUGGCCAGGUGAUGAGCUCUGAUUGCAGUAUGGUUUCCCCUGCAGGAGAUGGCGCUGGUGCUGUGGUUCAGAAAGCCCUUAGGGCUGAGGGAACGCCUCCCAUCCCAUCUCCACCUGCUGCCUAGCAACACACUCAUCUCGAUCAUUCAGAUUCUUGACUUAAAACUGAAGUUCAAAUGCAGCGACUGCUAGAGGACUGAAACGAAUGCUGUAAUUUCUGAGGAGGUGUCUCUUCACAUACUUAAACUGAGGGAGCAAGAACUUCCAUAUGUAAGACUUGUGAUCUCAGUAGCUUCAUAAGUGGCCAUGUGUUCAGUUUUAACAUACUAUAUAGCAAGAAGCAAUCGAAAUAGAGUACAGUUAUAUGUGGAAAUGUAACUGCUACCGUGCUAUGAAUCAUUUCAAUGUCUCACUACUAAGUUAUACGCCAAGGCUUAAAUAAAUGGGAAACAAAAAUACUUUUAGCUAAUGAAAUAAAAAAAUGAGUUAAAAAACGUAUUCUCUUUUUUGUAGUCUGUGCAUGGAGUCAGAAUUUGAGUUGAAGUGUUGCUGUUGUCUAAUCAACUGUGUAAUUUAAGUUUGAUUUUAAUUA